AUUGUCAUUCAAAUAUUAGAUAUGGGCACCUCCAACACCACCACAAGAAGAAAAUGACUUGUAUAUUGAUUACAGUAUGGGAUUUCUUUAUGAACACACAAUAAUGCCUGAAUCACAGCUUCCUCCAAUAUAUGUAAAAAAAGAAACAAAACGUCUGAAGGUUGAUAAUACAGUAACAGUAACUACAACAAGAAAACAGAAAGUUCGCAAAGAGGAAACAGUUCAUAUUCCACGUUCUCUGUUUGAUCGUCCUACUGCAGCAAUUCUAAAAAUGCGAAGAGAAGCCAAACUUCAGAAAGUAAAAGGCAUUAUGAUGAGUACCACUACAUAUUCUAAAUCAUUAGGUUUGGGUUUGACCAGUGUGAAACAUACUCCAGUUGUUGUGAAUAAACCAACUGUUGACACAGAUCAAGACAGCCCAGAAUGGCUAAUUCAUGAAGAUUGGGCAAUUCUUCAGAUAAUUCAAAAUCUGCAAGACUUGCCUUUGAAUUUAACUGUGUUAUCUCCUGCUCAUAUUCCAAAUUGGGAUCUGGUUGCAGAUGUUGUGAAUUCUAUAAGCAGAAUUUUCCGUUCUCCAAAACAAUGCAAAAAUAGGUAUGAGAGUGUCAUUGUUCCACGUGAAGAAGGAAAAAUUUUGUAUGACACUAAUCCAAAGAAACAGAAAAAAUCAAAAGGAAUAUAUAAGACUAAAAAUAACAGACCAAUGAGAACCAGUCAGUUAUAUAUUCAAGAUAAUAAUGCAUCUUUUACCAGUUUAUAUAACAGUAGAUUUGAAACAAUAAAGACUGUCUCUAAUAAAAGAACACCAACAUUAAAAUCAUGGUAUGUGAACAACCCUGCUGGUAAAAAUCCAAAGCACGCUCAAGUUUUAGUAGAUAAUGGAAUCAAUUAUGAUCAACCUUUAAAUCCUAUACAAGUUGCAGCUAUUCGUGCUGAACGAAUCAAUAGAGAAAAACAAAAGUCUCAAGCAGCAGCAUCUGUCACUUCAUCAGAACAACAGUUGGCCCAGAGGCAGCAGCAACAACAACAGCAACAACAGCCACAGCCACAACAAGCUCAAACUGCAACAGGUCAAGUUUCUGGUUCCAGCCAAGUCUCUGGGUUAAUACAGCAUCCAACUGCUCAAGCAGUUAUUGCAAGUUUAUCACAAGCUCAACAAAUACAAGCAAUGCAAGUUAAAACAGGAUUACAGGCUGGAACAGUCACUACAGUAUCAUUGGCUAAAUCUUUACCCAGUGGAAUUGUUGUUAAUACAGCAGCUGGUAAUGGCACAAGUACAUUUGGUAGUAUAACUAAAACUCUAGGGCAAACAACAACAAAUGCCGUUGCAGCACAAGGGACAAUACCAACUGCAACUGUCACUGCACUGGGAUCAACUCUACGUGCACAGAGACCAGCAGUAACUGUAUCCAGUUGCACUACUACUACUAUGACUGUUCAGGAAAUGGUGGCUGCUGCUGCUGCUGCUGGACAGAUGCGAUCAUUAACAACAACAACCGUUACAGGAGUAGUAUCUGGAACAACACCUGCUGUUGUUUCUAUUGCUGGUCUGUCUCCUGCACAGUUACAACAAUCCCAACGAAUUGCAACUUCAGGACUUGGUGUAGCUGGUACUGUUACAGCAGGAACACCUACAAAUCAAGCAGCAAAUACAGGCCAGUUAACUCAGCGAAAUUUAACACCUUCUCAACUUCAGAUAUAUCGACAGUCUCAUCAAUUAUUAAAACAUCAGCAAAGGAUUCAGGAACAACAGUUAAAACAACAACAGCAGCAGCAACAGUUAAAAAGAUUGCAAGUUGCUACACAACAAACUACUACGCAGACAGUUGCCGGAAAAGUUGCUGUUAGCGUAAAUUCUCCACUAGCUGCAAGUGUUGCAGCUGUAGCUGCUGCAGCUCAACAAAGAAUUGUUCAGCAGCAGACAGCUGUAAAAACAAGAGCUAUGACUGAUGUUGAAAUGACUCAUUUAUUGAAACGACAACAACAAUUACAACAACAACAAAAAGCAACAGCUCAGUUAACCACUCACAUAUUAGCACAUGCUCAACUUCAGCAGCAACAACAACAGCAACAGCAGCAACAACAGCAGCAGCAACAGACACAACCUUCAAUUGCUGGUACAGUACAAACAUCAAUGGCAACCCUUGUUAAAACUGUGUCUGCUCCUACAUCAGUUACAAUACCUGUUUCUGCUGUAACAAUGUCAGGUGUAAAUAUCAAUGUUAGCUUACCACAGGCAAAAGGUACAACUGUAACAGCUAAAGGUGCUGCUACAGUUACUCCACAGCAGUUGCGUCAAUUACAAAUACAGCAGCAAUUGAUACAACGUAAAGCCCAGCUACAGCAGCAGCAACAACAACAACAACAGCAACAGCAAAAAGUAGCUUCUCUUACUCAGGUAGCUAAGGGUAAGAAAUCAGCAUUACCAGACCAAUUGAGUACUGUACAGAUUGUUCAGCAAACACCACCCCAAGUAAAUGAAAUUACAGGAAAUUCUCUCCCAGCUACAACAGCAUCAACUGUUCAACAAAUUCAACAAGUCAUUAAACAAGUUUUGCCCCAGCAUUUACCUUUUGUAGUGACAGCUGCUCCAAAUUUAGCAGCAGGAAUGCAAACUCUAAGAACUGUACCCGAUAGUAGUACCAUUAAAACUCAAGUAGGAACAGAAGUUACAAAUAGUAACAGCAAUGCAACCACAACUAUACUAAAAGGAACACCCGCAGUUGUGAUUAGUGGACAGUCUCCAACUGCUGCCAUUUUACAACAGCUUUCACCUGCUACCACGGGAUUAACUCCUCAGCAAGCAGUUGCACUUGCAGUUCGUGCUGGAGUAUCGUCCACAACAACAGCGCAGCCUCAAGGACAAGCUCAAGUCCAGAUACAGUUUCAGCAGGCUGCUUCUACUGUUUUGCAACAAUCACAAGUUCCAGAACAGGCUGCAAGUCCUGUUACCACCAUUAGUUUAACCCAAGCGGCCGGACAGUCACCGUCUCCAGGAAAUUCUGUCCAAGCUAGCGCAAGUACAACAGCUCAAGUAGUACAAGCUGCCAUUCAGGCAGCCAAACAACAACAGCAACAAGCGCAACAACAGCAGAGAGCCUCACCAUACACCAUGCGACUUAGAAAUCCACCGAAGCAGUGAAAUGUAACAGUCAUCUAAGUUUAUGUGAAAAGUGUUAAAGGAGCAUCCAAUUUGCAAAGAUUCACUUCAAGUGCAGUGAUCUGUGAUGUGGUGCUGUGAACAUUGUGCAUGUACUAGAUUCUUUAAAAAAAAAAAAAAAAAAUUGGCACUUUGUGUUGGAUGCCAUUUUUCUAUAAAUU